UAAGCAGUCUCGUGGUCGACACUCAACAGCCUUUAUUUCACUUCAUUCCACUCCUCAUCACCCAAGUCCGGAAAGGCGCCCAGAAAAUGACACGCGGCCCCUGUGAGCAGCAUUCCCGGGUGGAAACCGACACCGAUACGGAUUCCGAUGCCGAAACUAUGCGGUGCAUAUCGUGCAAAGAGGAAUACGGGACGAUUGACGCCGGAACAUGCAAGGAGUGCUACGAGGAGGCUAGCGAGACCGAAGAAGAGCUCAAGAGAGAGAUCGAAGAUCUCAAAGCCAAAGUUGCCUUCUUGCGAUUCUGGUCUCCGCUGGAUCACCACCACAGCAAUAGGUCCUCUGGACCCUGUUUCACUGACGUCGUUUUGGUCGCCUCCUCCGAUAGUGGACCAACUGGGUCUCCCUUGUCUGUCCCUGCCCAUAAGGCUGUUUUGGCGAGUCGUUCUCCAGUGUUUAAAGCAAUGCUUGAGAAUGAGAUGGAAGAAAGCCGUAGUGGCACCAUCAAGAUUAGUGAUGUAUCAUAUGUUGCCCUUCGCACCUUUGUCAACUAUUUAUACACUGCUGAAGCAUGCCUCGAUGAGCAAAUGGCCUGUGACCUUUUAGUGUUGGCUGAAAAAUAUGAGGUGAAGCAUCUCAAGGCUUAUUGUGAGAAUUUUUUGGUGUCCAAAUUGAACUGGGACAAUUCAGUCCCAAGCUAUGCCUUUGCACACCAGCACAAUGCUAAGCAUAUGCUUGAAGCAGCAUUAUCAUUGAUCACAGACAACAUGGACAAGCUUACCAAAAGGGAGGAGUACAUGGAGCUUGUGGAGAGUGAUCCUCGGCUUGUAGUGGAGAUUUAUGAAGCUUAUCUCUCCAAGCAGGUUAAUACGGCGGCACAAAAGAUUCUUCCAUGAAGCCAUUGGCAAGUGUGGUUCUGUUGAUUAUAGGUCUGAAUGCUGAAAUGUAUCAGUGAAUUUGUUGGAAGUUUUAUACUUUAUAUGGAUGAAUGACAUUGGUAUGUCAAGGGGGUUUCGUCUAGGAUGGGUAAAUACUAUCGCCUAUUGGAUAUGUACUGGUGCUUGAAAAAGCAGCUUUGGAUAUACAUGGCACUGGUCUGGUUUAUAGGACAGGAUUGGAACUGGACAGACGGUUCCGGUUUGGGGAGGGGAGGGACCGGACUGUCUAUGUCUGGCUCCUCAUAAUUCUUGUCGGUCCAGUACCCUUUUUGGGGCUAUUCCAUAUUUUAUUUUGGGCAGUUUCGAUUC